GUUAUAAACACGCAUUAAUGGCAACUAACUAAAUCCUUUAAUAUAGCUAUGUUUCCGCUCACAAGAUUUAUAUUCACAAUUCUUUUCAUCUCUCAUACCGGCCAACGCAAAGAAACAAUGUCGAACGUUGUAGUAAUCGCUCUUGUUCUCGUCGCAGCAUCGCUAACAGGACAUGUGUCAGCACAAAUGGAUAUGUCUCCAUCUUCAGGACCAUCGGGAGCACCAGACUGCAUGACGAACCUAAUGAACAUGACGGGCUGUCUCUCUUACGUUAUGGCCGGAGAAGGCGGAGGUGCGGCCAAGCCGGACAAGACUUGUUGUCCUGCGCUAGCGGGGCUAGUGGAGAGCUCGCCGCAAUGCUUAUGUUACCUCCUCUCCGGAGACAUGGCGGCUCAGUUGGGAGUCCAGAUUGACAAGGCAAAGGCUCUCAAGCUUCCCGGAGUUUGCGGCGUUGUCACUCCUGAUCCUUCACUCUGUUCUUUAUUUGGAGUUCCUGUGGGAGCACCUGUAGCUAUGGGCAACGAGGGAGCCUCCCCAACCUUUUCUCCAGGUACAAUGUCAGGUUCAGCGGAAUCACCUGGUGGAUUAGCGCCGGGUCCUGCUUUCCGAACAAGCGAUGCACCAAGCAUUGCAACUUAUUCUCUUUUUCUCAAUCUUGUAAUUUUCCCAUUAGCAUUUGUGUUUCAUACCUAUUGCUGAUUUCAUUCUCUUCCAACCAACAACACCAUUAUUAAUAUUGCCUAUUUUCUUUAAAGAGUGAUAUGGUUGCUUAUGUAGGUCUUGAAUUUAUUACUUAUGUGUAUCCACGGAUUAUUAAUUUCUUCAUUCAUCAUAUUGAAUAAAGAUUGGUGUGUCUUCUUA